AUGGUAAUAUUCGUGAGACUGCUGUUGCUACUAGUUCCUCAUACAUUAUGCAAAGAUGACAUUAAUAAGUACGGGGUGAAUGAGCUACACCUUCCACUUUAUGAAUAUCAUAAGUUUCAUCAGCCAGGAGACCUCAUUAUUGGGGCCAUCGCUUCUCAGACGUUCCUUGCCUACACUUCAAUAGCCUUCACUGAAGAUCCACAACAGGCGUUUGCUGAAGAACUUGCGGUAGUGAUUAAGAAUUACCAACACAUCCUGGCCUUGGCUUUUGCAAUCAAGGAGGUCAAUAAAACCCCUCACAUCUUACCCAAUAUCACCUUGGGCUUCUUCAUCUAUGACAGCUAUUUCAAUGCAAAGUGGACCUAUCAAUCCACAAUUAAACUUGUAUCUACAGGAAAGAAGUUUGUGCCCAAUUACGAAUGUGACACUCAGAACAACCCAAUAGCAGUUAUCGGGGGACUGGACUUUCAAACCUCCCUUCAUAUGGCUACUCUCCUGGAUAUCUACAAAAUCCCUCAACUCCAUCGCUUUCUAAGAGGUCUGUCAUUUAACAACAGUGUGGGGGACAAGGUUUCCUUUGACCACAAUGGGGUGUUAGUAGUUGGAUUUGAUAUUAUCAACUGGAUUGUUUCCUCCAACCAGUCCUUUCAGAAAGUGAAAGUUGGCAGAAUGGAUCCAUGCACUCCUCCGGACCAAGCGUUCACCAUUAAUGAAGUGGCCAUAACAUGGAACACCUGGUUUAACCAGACACAGCCUCUUUCUAUAUGUACUGAAAGUUGCCAGCCUGGUUAUAGUAAGAAAAUGAAGGAAGGGGAGCCGUUUUGUUGCUACAACUGCAUCCCAUGCCCAGAAGGGAAGAUUUCUGAUGAGAACGACAUGAAUGACUGUUACAAAUGCACAGAUGAAAAUUAUCCAAAUAAAAACCGAGAUUUAUGUAUUCCCAAGGAAACAAGCUUUUUGUCUUAUGAAGAACUCUUGGGGACCAGUUUAGCCUUUUUUGCUCUUUCAUUUGUUUUGGUAACAGGUUUGGUACUAGGAACAUUUAUCAAGUACCACAACACUCCCAUUGUGAAAGCCAACAACCGGAGCCUCACCUACACUCUUCUAGUAUCUCUCAUCCUCUGCUUCCUGUGUGCUUUCCUAUUCAUCGGCCCGCCUGAGAAGGUGACCUGUCUCCUUCAACAAACUGCUUUUGGCAUCAUAUUUUCAAUGGCUAUUUCUUGUGUGUUGGCAAAAACCAUCACUGUAGUUCUGGCUUUCAUGGUCACCAAGCCCGGAUCCAGCAUGAGGAAAUGGGUGGGGAAAAGACUGGCCAACUCUAUUGUUUUUUCCUGCUCUUUUAUCCAAGUAGGCAUUUGUACUAUCUGGUUAGUAACCUCUCCCCCAUUCCCAGAUGUUGAUAUGCACUCAGCAGCUGAAGAAAUUUUGUUGGAAUGUAAUGAGGGGUCUGUGAUUAUGUUCUAUGUGGUCCUGGGCUACAUGGGUAUUCUGGCCAUUGUGAGCUCCAUCCUGGCUUUCUUUGCCACGAAGUUACCUGAUAUUUUCAAUGAAGCCAAGUUCAUUACUUUCAGCAUGUUGGUGUUUUGCAGUGUUUGGGCAUCCUUUGUUCCAACCUACUUGAGCACUAAGGGAAAAUACAUGGCAGCUGUGGAGAUCUUCUCUAUCUUAGCCUCCAGUGCUGGACUGCUGGUUUGCAUUUUUUCCCCUAAAUGCUACAUGAUUCUUUUUAGGUCUGGACUGAACAACAAGAGACAGUUAAUGAAGAGAAAUGGAUAA